CCUGACACACACACACACAUAAACACACACACAGAGCCUCCCUGCGCUCAGCUCAAGCCCUCUUAAAGCUGUUUUUCUGCUGGAGAUCAGCUAACGACACACAGCUGCUUCUCCCGGAGACAGAAGGACAAGAGGAGGGAGGGGAGAACGAGGAGAGAGGAAAACAAAACCGCCUGCAGCCUCUUAACUUCUGUGUCUCUGCUGCAGCUCGUUCCUCUGCAGGGACUGUUUUCUGCUCGAGUUCAGGACUUUUUUUUAAAAGAAGAGGUUGGAGGUUGGAGUUCGCAUGCCAUAAUCGGAGUGAAUGGGUUGCCAUGGUUACUCACCCAGGGAGCUUGACCCGUGCUGAGUGAAUGGAGGGAGCGCCAAGUGAGCGAUAAACUAACGGAGGGGAGUCACCAGAGAGAGAGAGAGAGAGAGGAAGAGGAGAGAGAGAGAGAGGAAGAGGAGUGGUGGAUAACAGAGGAGCAGAGCAGAGGUUGAGAAUGGAGGACGGCUUUUCCAGCUACAGCAGCCUGUAUGACACCUCAUCACUGCUGCAGUUCUGCAACGAUGACAGUGCAUCAGCUGCCAGCAGUAUGGAUGUGACCGACCGCAUCGCCUCCCUGGAGCAGAGAGUCCAGAUGCAGGAGGAUGAGAUUCAGCUGCUGAAGUCCGCUCUGGCCGAUGUGGUGCGCCGGCUCAAUGUGUCUGAGGAGCAGCAGGCCAUGGGGUCACGCAGAGGACCCACCAAAGCCAGGCCAAUGAUUGCCACCUUACCGUUACGGCCCACAGUCAACAAUGGGAAUGUCCUACCAAAGAAAGGCAGCGGCACUCUGCCCUCCCCAUCUGGACCAGGGUCCAGGAAGGAUACCAGCACGCCCGCCAACAAGAGCACAGUGAGGAGGACCAACUCAAACGAACACGUGGGAACUCUUACGCGGAAAGACUCGGGCGAGUCCAAGAGCAACCGGACUCGGGCCGGAUCCACCGGCAGCAAUUCCAGCGGCAAAAGAAGCGAAAGCAAACAGAGGGAUCCCGUGUUCAAUGCAGAGGAGGGUUAUGUGAGAAUGUACUUGAAGGGUCGUCCUAUCACCAUGUACAUGCCCAAAGAGCAGGUGGACAGCUACUGCCUGGAGGCCCGAGCCGAGCUGCCCAGCAACAAGCUCAAACUGGACUGGGUUUAUGGUUACCGUGGUCGAGACUGUCGCUCCAACCUCUACUUGCUGCCCACUGGAGAAACGGUGUAUUUCAUCGCCUCAGUCGUCGUCCUGUUCAACGUGGACGAGCAGCUGCAGAGACACUACACAGGACACACAGACGACAUCAAAUGCCUGGCAGUCCAUCCUGAUAAAAUCACCAUAGCAACCGGGCAGGUGGCAGGAACCUCUUCAGAUGGUAAACAGCUGGCUCCUCAUGUCCGUGUGUGGGACUCCGUCAGCCUCAACACUCUGCAUGUUCUGGGCUCAGGAUUCUUUGACCGAGCUCUGGUCUGCCUCGCUUUCUCCAAGUCGAACGGAGGAAACACACUGUGUGUCGUAGACGAUUCUAAUGACCACGUGCUCUCCGUGUGGGAUUGGCAGAGAGAGGACAGACUGGCUGAGGUCAAGUGCUCCAAUGAGUCGGUGUUUGCUGCAGACUUUCACCCGACAGACAGCAACAUCAUAGUGACCUGUGGGAAGUCCCAUCUGUACUUCUGGAGCCUGGAGAAAGGAACGCUGGUCAAAAAGCAAGGCCUGUUUGAGAAACAGGAGAAGCCCAAGUUUGUGUUGUGCGUGACCUUUGCAGAAAAUGGAGACGCCAUCACUGGGGACUCAAGUGGGAACAUCCUGGUGUGGGGGAAAGGCACUAAUCGCAUCAGCCACGUCAUCCCAGGAGCUCACGAGGGCAGCAUCUUCACUCUGUGCAUGCUGAGGAACGGAACGCUGGUGUCUGGAGGGAAAGACCGCAGACUGGUGUCCUGGGACAGUGGCUACCAGCAGAUACAAACGGUGGAGGUGCCGGAGUUGUUCGGUCCAAUCCGGACCAUAGCGGAGGGUAGAGGCGAGUCUGUGCUCAUCGGGACCACCAAGCACUUUGUUCUGCAGGGCAGUUUGGACGGAGAUUUCAUACCAAUAACACAGGGUCACACUGAUGAGUUGUGGGGUCUGGCUGUUCACCCUGGGAAGCCUCAGUUCCUCACCUGUGGCUUCGACAGGCAGGUCUGCCUGUGGGACUCCAGCUCCCAUCAGCUCAUCUGGACUAAGAGCAUGGAGGAUUCUGCCCAAUCAGCCGGCUUCCACCCAUCUGGAGCUGUGGUUGCUAUAGGAACCCAAACUGGCAGGUGGCUGGUGUUGGACACUGACUCCAAAGAUCUCGUCACAGUUCACACAGACGGGAAUGAACAGCUCUCUGUUAUGAGCUUUGGACCUGACGGUAACUUCCUGGCCAUCGGUUCCCACGACAACUACAUCUAUAUCUAUGCUGUGGCAGAAAAUGGGAGGAAGUACAGCCGAGUGGGGAAGUGUUCGGGUCACUCUAGCUUCAUCACUCAUCUGGACUGGUCAGUGGACUCCCAGUACCUGGUUUCAAAUUCAGGGGACUACGAGAUACUGUAUUGGAUCCCAUCAGUGUGUAAACAGGUGGUCAGUGUGGAGACCACCAGAGACAUCGAGUGGGCCACCUACACCUGCACUCUGAGCUUUCACGUCUUUGGCUUGUGGCCCGACGGCUCAGAUGGCACCGACAUCAACGCCGCCUGCAGGUCCAACGAUAAGAGCCUGCUGGUUACUGGGGACGACUUUGGGAAAGUUCAUUUGUUCUCACACCCCUGCUCACAGUUCAGAGCUCCCAGCCAUGUUUACGGCGGCCACAGCAGCCAUGUAACCAACGUGAACUUCCUUUAUGAUGACAGCUACCUGGUGUCGACCGGAGGGAAGGACAUGAGCGUGAUGCAGUGGAGGAUAGUCUGAGGGAGCAGACAGAAACGUACACUCUAUUUACGUCUGUCUCUUACUGCUGCCUCUUACUGGGCCUGAGAGCCAGCAGAGGCAAACUGAACUGCACUAACAUGAAGCGAACCAAACUUAAAUUAAUUCAGAGGCUAAAAACAAAAAGGUGGAGCUGCCUGAACUGAAGAGGACCCUGAGGUUUGCUUCCUGAGAUGAACUGUCGGAGCUGUAAUGGGCAGUUGUGUGAAAUACAAAAAAAAAACCCUGAACUUUUCUGCUUUUCUUUACUCACGCUACAUGUAAAAUACUCUCACCUACCUUCACCUACACACCAAUGACAUGAAACAAAACAGAUCCAACAAUUCUAAUCCACCUAAACAGAACCAAAGGCUCUGAUUUUCAGACUGCAUUGAGCAGCUCUUGUGUCGUGCACACUGCUGCCACAGAUAGCGGACUAAAAGAUUCAUUUUCAGAAUGAAUAUCACUCAUCCCAGAGCAUAAGAACAAAAACUGUGUACAGAAAGAAAACUGUUUCUUUUAUGUUUUAUUUAACAACUCAGGAAAGCACUAGUGGAGCAGGUUAACAUUGACAUAUCAGAACAAGCCCUAAACAUAUCUCACUACUACAUUUUAGGAAUAUUCACAUUUUGUAGGACAUAGUAAAAACAAAAUCCAGUCAGAUUCCUUUAUCCAUCUCAGUGUUUGGAUUUUACCUGUUCUUGCAACAUUAUCUUAACAUUUCCUACAUUUAUUGUGCUUCCUGGUCUUGAAAAAAGACACCUUUUCUAUUAUUUAUUGACAGCAAGUUUAAUCCUUCACUGCCAAUUUUAGUUCCCUUUUGUCUUCCCAACAAAAAAAAAUCCCUUUUGAGACACUGAUGUGUAAAUAAACUGAGAAGCUUGAAACUGAUUUGAGACAGGUUUGGGUGAAUCUACAGUAUUUGAAACUGUUUCAGAGUUUUGGAAUGAGUUGUUGUAUCUUAUUUGCCUUGAUUUGCCAGGGAAGUAAAAAUGAAGCAUGUUUGGGUUUUUUUCUUUUUUUUAAAUGAUGUGAAGCCUUUUCAAAUCUGUAUCUAUAUGCAUUUACUGCACCAAGAUGAGUGAAGGAAAGAGAAGGCUGAGACCAUUACACUGUAACUAUUUACGUCCGAUGUGCACCAUCAGAUACUUUUUAGUGAACUGAACCUUUUCAGGUGUUUUUAUUUUUUAACUUAAAUGCACUGCUUCUGCCUUUUUAACACACACAGCAGGUCCAUUCACCUACAGUACAGUAGAACAAGAAAAUCAUCAUUUAGCACUUACUGGAGCUUUUCAUGAACUGGUGAUGAUAACUUUCAACUUUUUGUAAACACGACACACUCCCCAUCAAAUGGUUGACAAUAAGCCAAUUAACACACAUACACGUUUACUCAAGAUUGCUUUGAUUUGGUUUCAGCAACCGCCAUUGAUAUAAGGAAUUCCAUUGUUGUUGUUAAAGUUGCAUGAUUUAUAGUUUCCUUGCAAGGAAAAAAAAACACUGAAAUCUUCUAACAGCAGUGAUAUAAAGUCAACUUUCUGCAGGGUGAUUGUAACAUGAUCUGUCUUAUCACUAAACACUUGAGGCUACAGAAUACCACUGAAACAUUAAACAUUUGUCUGAAUUGAAAUGCAAAAUCAAAUCCCUUUGAGGCUGUGUCUUGUAUUUUCCACUUGACGACAUUUUACUUCAUUUUCUUUCUUUUCUUUAACCUGGUAUCAGUAUCUGUCCCGGGUGAUCGCAUAAGACCUGGACAGCCUAAAGUACUGGUAAACAGGAUUAAGAUCUGAUCACACAGGCUGCAUACAGAGGUCGUCUUUCCAUUUGUUGGGCAGUGUAAACCAGAGACUGUAUAUUAAGAUGGACAGAGAAACAGUUUCUUGGGAGUGAGGCCAACAUUUUAAUUUUAUUUAGAGCUCCCACUGCUGACUAGCUGGACCAUUGGUCACAAACCCCGCCUCUUCCAUUUUAACAGACGGGCUAUGGGUCAAAUUAUAAAAUACAUGUCAAAUAAAAAUAAUUUCACACACACAUUGGACUUUCCAUAAAUGUGAGUGUCUGCUCCAAACCAACACAAGAAUAUUUGCUGCUGUGAACUGUAUAGACUUGAUAUUUUAUAUGUAAAUGAAAUGUGCGCUUCGGUUACAGAAGGGGCGUGGCAUCAAUUCCACGGUUCCACCAACCAGCUCUCAGUAUUGGCUCCAAAUUGCAUCACCAGUGCAACAUGUCAGCACCUGUCGCAGGGUCACUUUUGCAUCAUUUUACACAUUAAGGAGCGCCUACUCUCCCUGUUUCAAUGGCAACAAUCGUGUGGAGUAACAGACCACUCUGCUCUCAUGUUUGAUUAUCAUUUCUUUGCUGUGUCUCAUGGAACUUUAUAUUUUUCAAAUUUCUCAUUUCAUUCCAACAGGUGAAGACGAAAUAUAUGCAUUAAAGUCAGGUGUGCACCAAAAUACA